CUUUGAAACAAUCAUCAUUGUGCAGCACGUCAAGUCGCGCUCCAGCCCCACUUCACUUGAGCUGCUCUGCUCUGCUCGACCAAAUGGAGGACUCGGAACUCACCUCUGAGCUCCUGACGAGCGCUGCACAGGCCGAAGCGGGACUCUUGCUUGUUGACGGGACGUCGUUCCAUGCGAUGGAUGAUGGCGAAGAAGCAGCCGCAGCAGCCAAGACUGUGAGGGCAAUCUCGACCGAGGCAGAGUCGGAUCGCAGGCGCGACGCAUCUCAGAACGAGGCUACUGAGCAGGCCGAACAAGCCGAGCAAGAUACGAGUGUCGGCAUGUCGCUCAUUGACGAUGACAUCCGGCUUGGCCGCUCAGAAGAAGAUUGCAACGAUCAAGAUUGGAACACGUUCCAAAGUUCGCUCAUGCUGGCUAGCAAUGCCAAUGUCGAAAGUUCUCUUCAGUUCCCGGAUGCUGGUGCAAUAACGGCGCUUCAACGAGCUCCAGCACACCUUCUGGAAGAGCUGGGCGAUCAAACAGUUGCAGUGAAGAUGGGUGGAAUGGCUCCCGAGGUACUGCCGCUCAAGUUGCGGUGGUUGACCAUCGACCAGGUCCGCAUGUCAAGUGCAGGGAUGUUGAUCAAGCCUCCAGCCACAUUCGGCGAGCACUCUCUUCCUCACGCAAUCGACAAUUGCGAAGUGACAUCCGCAGACGACUGUGUGCCUUCCACUUCUGUGCUGUGUCGAGCGCAGCACCGCUACUACAGUAACAUUACCAACCGGUUGCUAUCGCGGGAGAUUUCUUCUCCGGUGUUAAUGUCGACUUGGAGAUCCCAGCGAGCAUACGCACAAUGCAUCUACCCAAAUACUACCUUUUACGAUGUCAAAGUCCCGCUCAGCCAGAUGACCUUGUUCUCGCCAGAUGGGAACUAUCUCAUCACGUUUGGGAUAUCCACGCCUACCUUGCGCGUCUACAAGCUUGUGCGACCGACACUGCUGGACGAAGAAAUUUUGACGGACGCUUCGACCGCUCGAGACCGUCUAUUUGAGGACUUCUUCAGCCCUCAUUUCGAGCUCUCCUUUGCACACGAAGGCAGUUGGCUUCACAAGGACAUUGCGCUAUUUGCAAAUCAAGGCAGACAUCUUAUCGUGGCCACUGCCUCAGAGACUCCGCGACCAGCUGCAAUUGAUAUCGACGCUGCGCUAGUUCCCUGCAGCUUGGAAAACAUCACCCUCCACGUCGUGGAGCUUGCGACAGGCGCGCUAUUAGACCAACGGCGCUUUUUGAAGGAAGUCCCAAACUGGGGACACACGCACAUUCACCUCCAAGACGACCUGCUCUCUGUGUUGUCGCUGCGCGAGCAAACAAUUACCAUUUUCAAGGUGAAGCGGUCCGGUGAGUUGGCCGAGCUUGUAUGUUUCGGCCAGCAAUGUUUUCCGGACGAUGAGCAAGAAAUCCAACGAAUCCACCGCGCGGCAGCAGCUUAUCAAGCAUCAAUUCCGACGGCGAGGGUGACUGUGCCGUCAUUCUCUAGUGGCACCGUUGUUUCCGCCGCAACGACCCGCCCUUCUUCGAUUCCGCGAUGGCGGGGACAGAAUCUUUCCCUGCACGGGGGGCCCAGCGCAUUCACCUCUGGCAUUCAGCCGUCGUCCUUGCUUGCUGCGGCAAGCCAACUAACGGUUGCCGCGCGUCUUCGAGAAGACUCGGGAGCUCUGCCUUCCGGCAGUCCGCCGUACACUGGCAUUCGUCAGCGGUUCCUGUCCUUUAUGAUGCGCCGAGCGGCAGCAAGUGCCGACCCAGUCAAGGCGCUUCGACGCUUCUACUUUCGCUUUGACAAGCUGGCGAGUGCGCUCAUGAUUGAAGCGCAGCUCCUGGAUCCGGCACACGUUCUGAUUUGCUUUUCCAGCCAUUUGCCAAUCGUCAAUAACGCGCUGCAGCUUCGCACGCUCAUCCCAGAGCUCACCCACGAGGUUGGCCAGGAGUCGGUCCAUUUUGUCAUUUACAACCACGUGACGGCCGAAAUCAUCGCAGGCUUUGAGAGCGACUCUGAGAGCCUCGGGACAAUGUUUACGCUAUUCUACGAGCAGUUUUGCUCCCAUCCGGAAGUUGGAAACGCCAACUGGAUGGAUGGGCCCUGCAGCAGUCUCUACUGGCGUGAGCAGUACAGGCGACAGCUGGCGUUUCUUCCAAAAGGCAAUGUGUGGGCUCGGAGGUUGCUGUAUCAGCGGUGGCUCUUGAAUCUCCCCCUCACGGCGCAGAUUCAUAAUUCCAGCCCAUACUUGGAUGCCUCGUUGUUCGCGUUCGAGGAAAAUGCCAUUUCCAGCAUCUCCAAGAACUAUCGAUGCGUGGAAAACCCCAUUCCAUUCUUUUCUCGAGCUACUGGCGCACUAAAGUUUCACAUUUCUACCAACGUGCCUGGUCCUGCUGCUGCCGAGCCGCGGUAUCAAACCCAAACCUUCCAUCCUUAUCUACCGUUUGGGAUAACAACUCGGUUCAUGACCCUCCACGCACCAGUGACAAACUUUCACUUUCGCACACAAGACAAGGAAUGAACAACGUAGUUUGUUGCCGCGGUAAAACACCCUAUUAUUGUUGUGCACCGAAACAAAAAGGAAAGAAACAAACACUUACACAAAACAAGACCAACAAAACGACAAAAAAAAAAAAAGCUACU